AUGGUUGAACUUCGUAAGCGCAAAGCUCCCGCGCCGCCUCCCGUAGUGGAGAAGAAGAGCAAGCCAGCCCCCAAACCCAAGGCGACCGAGACCCCCAAAGAGGCCUCAAAAGAGGCUCCCAAGCCCGCUGUGCCUGAGGUGGGCGACACUAUCAACCUCGACGACUUUGGCGGCGAAAUUGAGACCAAUGACGGCACCAAGACUACUCUGAAGAAGUUGGUCGAGGAGAGCAAGUCCGGCGUCGUCCUGUUCACCUACCCCAAGGCCUCUACCCCUGGCUGCACCAAGCAAGUCUGCUUAUUCCGCGACAACUACACGCAUUUGACCUCAACGGGACUGUCUAUCUACGGUCUCUCGGCCGAUUCCCCCAAGGCCAAUACCACCUUCAAGACGAAGCAGAAUUUGUCCUAUUCCCUUCUCUGCAACCCCAGUGCCACCCUGAUCGGGGCCAUUGGUUUCAAAAAGGCUCCCAAGGGAACUACCCGCGGCGUGUUCGCCGUGGACAAGAAGGGCAAAGUGUUGCUUCGCGAGGCUGGCGGUCCAGAUGCCACAGUCGAUGCUGUUCAGAAGCUUGUGGCACAGGGCUCCGCCGAAGGUGAAGCGAAGGAGGAGGCUAGCAAUGACGCCGAAGCCAAGUAG